ACCCGGAACACCGGCUGCGGAAGUGGGGAAACGCAGGAACUUUCAACAACCUGCGGUGGCGCCCAGCCAGCAUAAUUUUUGGCCCGUGCCGCUUCUCGUACUCUGGGAACUUUGUCCCAGAGAGACAGCCCGGCCUGGAGGUCGGCUCUGAGGGACGGACACGCCACCCAUGCUCUCCGCCUCCAGAAGGGCUCUCCAGCUCCUCUCCAGCUCCAUCCCGGUACGAAGGAUGGGCGACUCAGCCUCGAAAGUCAUUAGCGUGGAGGAAGCCUUGCCCGGCCGCAUGGAGCCGAUCUCCGUGGCAGCCAAACACCAUGUCAGUGGCAACAGAACGGUUGAACCUUUCCCAGAGGGAACACAGAUGGCUGUAUUUGGAAUGGGCUGCUUCUGGGGAGCUGAGCGCAAGUUCUGGCCCUUGAAAGGCGUGUAUUCAACCCAAGUGGGUUUUGCAGGAGGCUACACAUGCAAUCCCACCUACAAAGAGGUCUGCUCAGAAAAAACUGGCCAUGCAGAAGUCGUCCGGGUUGUGUACCGGCCAGAGCACAUCAGCUUUGAGGAACUGCUCAAGGUCUUCUGGGAGAAUCACGACCCGACCCAAGGCAUGCGCCAAGGCAAUGACCGCGGCACCCAGUACCGAUCGGCAGUCUAUCCCACCUCUGCUGCGCAGAUGGAAACAGCCCUGAGAUCCAAAGAGGAGUACCAGAAGGUUCUUUCGAAGCACGGCUUUGACGCCAUCACCACCGACAUCCGAGAGGGACAAGUGUUCUACUAUGCGGAAGACUACCACCAACAAUACCUGAGCAAGAACCCAGAUGGCUACUGUGGCCUCGGGGGCACCGGGGUUUCCUGUCCGAUGGCCAUUAAAAAAUAAUUUCUCUCCACGAAGUUGGCCCUGGAGGCUCCGGCAAAACCACAGUUGCUGGAUGGAGCGGCACUUCUGUGAUUCGCAUCUGUCACCUUCUCAAGAGCACACACCACACGGGCAUUUACAUGAAUCUGGUUGUUAUUGGGGUUUGAUUUAUGGAAAGUAUGAUUACAUAAUUUGUCUUCUGCUCAGUCCGGGUCGGGUAAAGCAUGACAUUUUAGUGGAUCACUUGGCAUCUCAAUGGAGAUAACGAGAGCCCUGUGUCCACCUGCUCAGGUUGGAAGAGGUGUUGAGGGUUCCAAAACAGGGAGAUGGCUAGGAGAAAGCCCAGGGACCUGUGGCCCCUUGGUCUGUGCUGACAGACCUCGCCCAC